UGGCACAGACAGACAGACAGACAGACAGACAGACAAUGUAUACUAGUGUGAUCUCUUCUGAGCUGUGAGGGGAAGCUCUCAUUGCACAGGUCUAAAUAAAGCCAGUGCUAUUGCCCAUAUACAGUACCUCCUCUUCCUGCUGUAUUUAGUUCAAGGGCAAAGUCUGUUUUUGUUAAGUCUACGUGGAAUACACAACAAAAGAACGAAGGUUAAGUUGGUUUUGUGAUUGUGCUGAAGAAUGACUCAAGACAUACAUUGACAAAAUCAAAAUGCAUGGCUGAAAUCGUGGUGCACACAGGAAGGCUUCAUCUUUCUUGAACAUUGGAGCACUUUCUACAACAAGGACUAUCUAUAUAGGUGGGACGGACGGCACUUAAACAGAAAGGGAACUAAUCUACUCAGAGAAAGGAUCCUUGAGGAGGUACAGAAGCAUUUAAACUAGAAAGGAAGGGGGGAGAAAACAAAAAAACAGAAGGGAGACCACAUCAAAACAAGGGCAACAACUCAGUGAUGGAGUUUCUGAAAAGGCUAAUUAGAGUCCUGAAAAUCAUUGUUGGAAGUCUGAUGUCACCCCGAACUAUCCAUGACUGUCUCAUAUCAAAAGCGAUGGCGUUUCUGAAAAAAAUAAUUGGAGUCCCAAAAAUCAUUGUUGGCAUGUUUUUCAAAAUUUCAACCAAGAUUCUUUUGAGGGUUCCAUUCAUGAGCAACUUUGUGUGUGCUGGAACAACAGAAAGAGAAAAGGAGAUUGAAGAAUUGAAACAGGAAUGUGUGGAACUGAAACAGGAUUGUGAUGAAAUUCGAAAGAAAUUCAAUGCAGUGGGAUAUGUUGUAGAAAGAAAAUGGAGUAGCAUAGUUAAAGAUCAAGCUAAAGUGACCCUGAACCCUGACACAGCCAACCCCAGCCUCGCAGUCUCUCCGGACGGCUCACAAGUGAGAUUCAAAGGGGAGGGAUCAGCAGAGUGGCCCAGUGUGCUGAGCAGGGAGGGAUUCACCUCCGGGAGGCACUACUGGGAAGUGGAGGUGGGGGAGAAGGGCUACUGGGCACUGGGCAUCUCCAAAUACCUUGAUGAGAAGAUCAUACCUGAGAAACCAGAGAUGGGCUACUGGCUUCUGAGGCGGUGGAAAGGAAAUAUGUAUGAAGCUGUGAGCCAGUCCCUAGUCCCUCUUACACUGCAACACAAGCUCUAUAAAGUGGGGAUGAUUCUGGACUAUCAGAAAGGAGAGUUAUCAUUUUACAAUGUUUAUGAUGGUAGCACGAGAUAUGAAAUCCACACUUUUAACUACAAAUUCACUGAGGUCUACCCUGUCUUCAGCCCAGGGUCUCACGAUAGAGGACCUUUGAAAAUCACCAGAUUUAAGUCUGGUGAUGGCAAUCCCAAGAGACAACUUUACUGAGGUCAGUCCCAUCUUCAGCUCAGGGUCUCACGAUAGAGGACCUUUGAAAAUCAUCAGCAUUAACUAAAUUGAUAAACACAGAUUCAUAUUCUGUUUUUAAUUCUCGUACAUUUGUUGGUAAUUAUUUUCUGUUUUGAGCAAUGUGCAUUACAGAGAUACAGUUGCAUUCUGAAUUCUAGUUUUAGUGCAGGUUUUAUGAUUUCUAAUUCUGUUAUAUUGUAAAGCAUCUUGAAGUGUUGCACCUGUUAUUGUUAUUGGUACUGUACAUGUUUAGUAUCCUCACCAACAUUAAAUUAUUACCUGGCUGGAACUGUAUAA